GGUCAGUCGCUAUCCAAACUGCUAAGCAACAGGAGCUUUGGUGGUGCAUGCAAUGUAGUUGCGCAAAUGGGACCUGUUUGCAACCCGAGUGCAAAUUUGCACCCAAUUUGCCUUAUUUGCGCGUUCUGAUGUAAAUGCCCCUCAAGGGCCACGAGUCAGAUCGAAAGGCUACUUAACAAAACAGCGUCCAGAUGCCUGCGUCCAAGGAAACCACGCGUCACAACCCUCACGAACAUGGGCCACAGCCCUGCGCGGCACUCGCUCAAGUGCCCGAACACGACGUAUGUGACUUUGGCUGGACCUCCAUCGAAAACGCCGCACGCGUUAGGCCUAGGAGGGCACGGAGGCACAAACGGAAAGCGACGUCUACUGGGCCAAGCUCCACCUCGGCGGAUGGUAGCUCAGCGAGCUCAUUCGACCGGGCCGCAAUUGAGCUCCUGCUCGCCCAGAUCCAACGGCUCUCGGCGGAAAAUUUCCAGCUGCGCCAGCGUAAGGCGCAGCUGGAAGCUGCGCGAGGCCUCCAGACGAACCAGGUAGUGCUGCCGGCCCCGGAAGCUCCGGCCGCGGAGGCUCCGGCCGCGGAAGCUCCGGCCGCGGAGGCUCAGGUGCUGGCCGCGGAAGUGCCGGCCGCGGAGGCUCCGGCCGCGGAGUUGGCGGCGGUGGAGCUGCCGGCCCCCGAGCUGCCGGCCCCCGAGCUGCCGGCCCCCGAGUUGCCGGCCACGAAGCUGCGGCGGCGCCGCGGCCUCCUGCGGUUCUGCCGGUGCUUCUUGGCCCUAUGGCGAAAACAUGCAGGGCCGCGAUGUCAACGUGGCGUGCAACAUCCGGCUCCUGACGCCAGCUGGCGCAGGCCGGCGGCGCUUAGCCGGCCCGUGGCCCCCGCCGACGCCGUCGCGGCUGGCGGCGGCCGCGGCAGGGGCGGGGAGGCCGCCGGCGUGGACUGAUGGGGCGGUGUUGCAGGAGGAGAUGCCCGCAGCAGUGGCUGCGGGGGCCAACCGGGCGGCUAUGUCCGUCUGUGGGUAAUCAGUCCCCGGACCCACAAACUCAAUCCGUUGUUGCGACGCACGGGCCCCCCACGGCCGGCCACGUCCACAGGUGGCAGGGCAGCAGUGGCUGCGGGGGGCAACCGGGCGGCUAUGUCCGUCUGCGGGUAGUGCAGUCCCCUGACACCUGCACUUGGACGUAGCCGGCCGCGAGGGGCCCGCGCGUCGCAACAACGGAUUGAGUUUGUGGGUCCGGGUGCAGGCACCUCCCGGGCAGCGAGAGCAGCAGCAAGGGCGGCGAGGAGGCGGGGGGCAGCAGCGAGGGCGGUGAGGAGGAGGAGGGCAGCAGCGAGGGCAGUGAGGAGGAGGAGGGUUCAGGCGGCUCAGCGGCCCCACUUUGGAAGCACUGCCGGAGCUAGGCAAGCCCUGGCUUGACAGCCGGAGUGGGCAGGGCUGGCGGCCUUGCCACGGUCGUGGCUGUUAGGCUGUAAGGCUGUGGGGCUGCGUGAGCUUGGACUGGACUUGACUGGACUGUGGAGCUAUGGGCAGUUGUACUAAAUCUGGCAACUCGGCGAUGGACAUGCCAGUCCUGCCAUGUGUGUCAGUCUUCCAUGUGUGCCAGUCUGCCAUGUGUGCCAGUCUUCCAUGUAUGCCAGUUCUGCCAAACAUGGCAGAACUGGCAUGUCCAUCGCUGAGUUGCCAGAUUUAGUACAACUGCCCAUAGCGCCGUGUUUGGCUGAUUGAGCCUGGUUGAUUGAGCUGAUUGAGGUCUGAGACUGAGGCCAGGGCGUGGGCGGCCCCAAAGGUGGUGAUGGGUGUGCGAUGGGACAGUGUCAAGGCAGGUUGGUGAAGUCCCGUAGGGUGCAGCUAAUUCCCAGACCCCAGGUGGUGAUGGGGGUAAUUGGUGGUGACCACAGACCAGGGUGUGGGCGGUUGUCCUCUGGGAUCGGGCUCAACCCUUUUCCAA